AAUGCGGCGGCCACAGCUGCUGUUGGCGCUGCUUGGCCUCGUCGGCCUCUUCUUCGUGCGUCCCGCUCAUUCCAUGUGCAAAGUCAAAGUGUCCCCCUCGAACCCGGUGCAGUCGCGAGUUUACACGCCCGUAUACCUGCCGUCGGCCACGACCCAGGACACUCCGGGGGUCAACGAACCACCGGCAGCUCUGAUUUAUCCCGCCCAGUUAAACGUCAGCGACUUGGAGGUCAAGUUGCCCGUCCGAAAGAGGACCAGAGGUGUCCCGCGUCUGGAGCCGGCGGUGCCGAAACCUGCCCCCGUUUACGUCCCCCCGGUUUACGUUCCUCCACCCCCUCCUGUGCACAGUGGCCCCGUUUACGUCCCAGCCCCUGCAAGCGUGGCCGCUUCGGAGAGGGUCAAAUCAUGGAGGAAAAUUCCGAGCAGACAAGUGGUCCCGGUCUCAUACUCGACAGACUUGAGCACCGCUUCGGACGACACGGGUUUCAGGGUCGAUCUGAAAACGGCGACCUCGUCCGGAAUUCCAGCUUCUCAACUCGAUUUAACGCACUCGGCUAGUGAAGGACACGAUGGAGGUGACGAAGGUGGUCACGAAGGUGGAGGAGAUGAUGGUGGUCAUGGAGGUGGUGGAGGCGACGGUGGCCACGGAGGUGGUGGAGGUGACGGAGGCCACGGAGGCGGUGGAGGUGGUGGAGGCCACGGAGGAGGCGGUGAUGGUGGAGGUGGUGACGGAGGCAAAAAAGAGUUCAAGAAAGGAGGCGGCAAAAAAGGAUUUUCAUCUCACCACAGCACCGCCGGCAAGAAGGGUCAUAAAGGUCACAAAAGUCAGCACUCUUCCGAAAAGGGAGAGAAAGGGAAACACAACAAGGAGGGCAGUUCGGGUGAGCAUGGGGAGCAUGGCGGCCACAAGAAGGGUCACCACGAAGAGGGAGGUCACGAAUCGUCCUACGGUGGAGGGUCCAAAGGUCAAAAGGGCUCCGAAUUUGCCGAGGACGGCAAACACAGCAAGGGUCACUCGACCAAGGGUGAGCACAACGUGUAUAAGUUGGAUGAAUACGAGAAGAAACACGAAUUCUUCGACGAGAACUACGACGGAGGUCACCACGACAAACACGGGCACCACCACGAACACCACAGCGACAAGAAGGGGGGCCACGAAAAGGGUGGUUUCCACAAGGGAGGCCAUCACGACGACAAGUACGGCAAGAAGGGCCACUACGGAAAAGGCCAUCACGACGAGCACCACAAAGGUCACAGCCACAAACACGGCGACGAAUCGCACCACGACCACCACGAACAUUACGGCAAGAAGGGAGGCGAGGAGGGCAAGGAAGAGCACGCACACGCAUCCAGCAAGGGUGGAGGAGGCGGUGGAGGACACGGAAAAGAAGGGGGUGGUGGAGGAGGAGGUCACCACUGAUUACCAUUCAAAGGUUUAUACAGAAUAUCUGGGGAUUAGAUUUGACUUGGUGAAGUCUUUGUUAAGUUUUGAAAGUGAUUUUAAAUUAUUAUUCUUGAUGAUGUUACUGCUUCAUGUUAACUUUUGUACAUACUCAAGCAACACUGUCACUUGCGGAAAGAAAUAAAUACGACAGUCUAAGACUGAUGAUGUGA